CAAAUUUAUGGGAUUUAUGAGAUUUCUGACAGCUCGCAAGGAGAGGAGAGCCAAUCAUCAGAGCACUGAUGAUCAGUGUGCCCUGAUGAUCUGUGUAGCCCCAGCAGCGCCACCUGUCAGUGUCCAUCAGUGCCAGCUCUCAGUGCUCAUCCAUGCCACCUGCCAGUGGCCAUCAGUGCCACAUCAAUGCCACAUAUCAGUGCCCAUCUGAGCUGCCUUUCAGUGUCACCCAUCAGUGCCAUCAGUGCCACCUAUCAGUGCUGCCAAUCAGUGCCACCUAUCAGUUGCCAGUCAGUGCCACCUAACAGUGCCAGUCAGUGCCGCCUAUCAGUGCCGUAUAUGAGUGCUGCCUUUCAGUGCCCAUCAGUGA